AUGGCUCCGACCGUGGACAUCUUCGCUAGAGACGACGGUUGCGGAUAUGGAUAUUUCUUUGAUGGAAUCGGAUGUCGCCGCAAGAGCGGCUGGUACUUUUGGGGCAGAUGGGUGCUCGCUGGUAUCGCCGUCGUUUUCGCCUUGAUUCUCUUAUCCAGCUGCCUGUGCAUCACACGACGAAACCGUAGGCGCGGCGUGCAGCCCAUGUACGGGACCGGCUGGUUCAGCGGCCCUCCCCAGGGCCAACCUGCUGGAAACAACAACAACAAAUACAAUAACGCCCACGAGAUGAACAACUACCAGUCUGGAUACAACCAAGGCGGCUAUCAGCAGCCUGCCUACGGCGAGGGAUACGGAGCCUAUACCAGCCCUCCACCGUACGGCCAGCCACCUGUGGGCAACCAGACAACAGGCACCACGUUCCAUACCAAUGACGGAUACAACACUGGCCAUCAAUACGGCGUACAGCAGCCUCAGAGUGCAUACCACCCUGGUGGUGAAUAUCAACCUCCUGUGGGACCACCUCCAGGAAAAUAG